AUGUCGGCUUCCAAUAGGACUGGGUCCAGUCCCCUGACCUUCAUCCUCACUGGGAUUCCUGGUCUGCCGAUGAGCAGCUACUGGAUGGCAUUGCCUCUCUGCUGUCUGUAUCUCCUCAUGGUCCUGGGGAACUGCACCUUGCUCUGCAUGAUAAAGAUCGACCACAGCCUCCAUACACCCAUGUACUAUUUCCUCUCCAUGCUGGCCAUGGCAGACCUGGGCUUAUCUCUCACCACCCUGCCCACCAUGUUGGCUGUUUUCUGGUUUAAGUCCACCUCCUUCCAUUUUGAGGCAUGCAUUGUCCAGAUGUACUUCAUCCACUCCUUCUCUGAAAUCGAGUCUGGGGUCCUGGUGGCCAUGGCCUUCGACCGCUUCAUUGCUAUUUGCUACCCUUUGCGCUAUGCUUCUGUCCUGACAAGCACCCUGAUAAUGAAGGCAGGAGCAGCGAUCUUCAUGCGGGGCAUCUGUGUGGUGCUCCCUGUUGCUGUCCUCAUAAAGAAGAUGCCGUUUUGUAGGUCCCGUGUCCUGUCUCACUCCUUCUGCCUGCACCAGGACCUGCUGAGGCUGGUUUGCGGGGAUGUCAGGGUCAACAGCUUGUAUGGGCUGACCAUGGUGAUACUCACCAAGGGCCUGGACUCCCUGACUAUCCUCCUGUCUUACAUGAUGAUCACCAGGGCUAUCUUGAGCAUCAUCUCCCAGGAAGCACGAGCCAAAGCCUUUAGCACGUGCAUCUCCCACCUCUGCGCCAUCCUGAUCUUCUACAUCCCACUCAUUGGCCUGUCCAUCACGCACAGGUUUGGGAAGCACCUGCCCCCCCUCACUCACACACUCAUGGCCGAUGCCUAUCUCCUGGUGCCGCCGGUCCUGAACCCGCUCGUGUACAGCUGGAAAACCAAGCAGAUCCGCAGGAGGAUCCUCAUCCUCCUCUGUCAGAGAAGGAGCCAGCAGCAUGUCUAG